AAAGCAAUUCCGUGUCAAAGUCUAAGACACGUGGUUGUUCUAAAUAUUUUUGCGUCCGGUUCGCACAACAUUGUACGCUUUUCUUACAAAAACAUGGACCAUCCGAUGAAAUCAGGAACCGAUGUCAGAUCUCAAUGCUUUGCCGAGUGCUCCCUACAAGUUUUAAAAGGAGAAAGCAGUCUGAACACGGAAAAUAAGGGAGAAUGCCGGCUUGAAGUUGUAGUAGACAAUCCCAACUCAACUUGCACAGUUCACAUUCAAACCGGAGUGGAGUUCUCCGUUAGCUUGAAUGUUUCGAUAGAUACCAGUCAUUCCCAGGUCGGCCGGCUACGCUACCUUCUAGAUGUACCUGAACAUUGUUUUAGUUUAUUGCUGACAUUUCCAAGACAAGAAGAAAUGCUAGAGUUUAAAAAGUUAUUACAAAAUGCUUCUGGAGAGUCAAAGUCGGUGUCUCAAUUUAACGAGAGAACAGAGGAAGCAUCUGCGGCCCAGUACUUCCAGUUUUAUGGAUACCUCUCACAGCAACAAAACAUGAUGCAGGACUCUAUCAGAACAUCAACAUAUCAAAGAGCAAUGCUUCAGAAUGUUGCUGAUUUCCAGGAUAAGGUGGUAAUUGAUGUUGGUGCUGGGUCUGGUAUCUUGUCGUUCUUCGCUAUCCAGGCAGGAGCAAGGAAGGUUUACGCCAUCGAAGCAAGCUCAAUGGCUGCCCAUGCUGAGAUGCUAGUUAAGAAGAAUAACCUCCAAGACCAGAUUAUUGUCAUUCCUGGAAAAGUUGAAGAGGUCAAUGUCCCAGAGCAAGUCGACAUGAUCAUAUCUGAACCUAUGGGUUACAUGUUGUACAAUGAACGCAUGCUUGAGAGCUAUGUUCAUGCUAAGAAGUGGCUCAAACCAGGAGGUAAAAUGUUUCCGACACAAGGCGAUCUUCACAUUGCACCAUUUUUCGAUGAUGCUCUUUACCUUGAGCAUUUCUCAAAGGCAAAUUUUUGGUACCAAAACUCAUUCUAUGGGGUGGACCUUUCUACACUUCGACAGGCAGCACUCAAAGAGUACUUCAAGCAGCCAGUUGUUGACACUUUUGAUGUGAGGAUCUUGAUGGCCAAGCCCGUGACUCACUCUGUGGACUUCCUAGAGAUAGAAGAACAAGAUUUACACAGAAUGGAGAUCCCAUUGCAGUUCACCAUUCUGACCAGUGGUUCUCUGCAUGGUCUGGCCUUCUGGUUUGAUGUGUGCUUUAGAGGCAGCCAGGCCCCUGUUUGGUUAUCAACAGCACCACAUGAGCCACUAACUCACUGGUACCAGGUCCGCUGCCUGUUUCAAACUCCAAUAUUUGUGAAAGCAGGACAAAGUGUUUCAGGCAGAUGUGUACUCAACUCAAAUGCAAGGCAAAGCUACGAUGUUGAGUUUGAACUUGGUAUUGAUGGUACCACAGUGAGGUCCAGGAACACAGUAGACUUAAAGAACCCCUAUUUUCGUUACACUGGUGGUGUCCCAUCAGUGCCUGCGGGCUGCAACAACUCGUCACCAACAGAGCUGUACUGGUCCAUGACUAAUGGGGAAAGCAUGGGCGGAGGAGAAGCCCUCAUGUCCACUGGUGGCCAAGGGCCCAUCGUGAAUGCUGGAGGAAUACCAGCAGCAUCUGUGUACAAUAAUAGUUAUGGAGGAGGACUAUGGACAGCAGGUGGCUACACUCAGCCCAAUCCUACUGCCCAGAACAACACAUUUAGUGCCGCUGCUGGUUACGUCAACAGCAGUUAUAUCGCCAGCAGUCAACCUGCUCUCACAUUUGGCCACACCACCCUGAGAAAUAGCACACAGUAUUCACAAGUGUACUCCAGGUAGCUGAAUCGUUCAAAACACUGUGCUUAUGUUUUUGAACCUCCCAUGAUACAAGCACAACUGGACCUGAAUAGGUCUAUGUAUCCCAGCCAAACCAUUGCUUCCAUAACAAAAAUAAGGGGUGCGAUUUAUUUUAUAACCACUGUAUGCACAAGACACAAGUGUGCUUCUGAAAGGUGUUUUUUUUUUGCAAUAACAAAAAUAACCAGAUAGUAAUGUGCAUUUAGGCACAACAAUUGUAAAUACGAAUGAUUGUAGUCUAAGGCUACUUCUUAUACUAGAGAUGUUUCUCACUUGUAAUCCAGGGAAAACAUCGAAAAUUUGGUGUUCCCUUUGAUAUAUUUAUUGCUUUUUUGCAAAAGCAUUUUGGUCAGCCAGUAUAAAUAGUGAUAUUUUUCAAUGGUUUAUAUCAGUAAAGUGGUGUUAGAGCUAUCUGUUUUAUUAUUUUGUAGUACUGCUUAAAUGGUAUAUCUUCCAUUUUAUGUAUUAUUGGCUUUUUUGCAUAAGUAUGUAGGAGCAAGGUAUUCUUUUCAUCUUUAAGUUGAUAGUCUCACAAAAUAUUGUACAUUUGCUGCUUUUUUUGUGAAAAUAAAAUCUACUGGCCUUUUCA